CGCGGGGGGCAGUCCCAGUCACCGCCGGAACUUCAGAGGCGACUUACCUCCCUGUGCCGGAAGGGCUGCGCCUGCGCGCUCCAGGGACCUGAGGGCCCGGGACGCGGGCGCCAACGGGAGCGGGCGUUUAGGAGGUGGUGGCUACCGACGGGUCUGUUUCGUUUCCGCUUUUCACAGUUUCUUCCGGAAAGCCGGAACGUGCAGGAGCAGGCGGAUGGACAGAUACACCCACUGUGCCCAACUCGUGUAUGGCCGCAAGAAUUCCCUUCUGGACCCCGCCCAUUAAAGCGAUUUCAGGGUACACCUCUGUGGACCUGUCUCCCCAAAGUGAAAAGUUGGUGUUUAACUCGUGGGUGAGGAGACACACUUUCGUGGCGCAGAGGAGAUUCCAGGGGGAUUCUUGGCCCAGUGAUGAGAGACUUUUAGGGCUGGCUGGAAGCCACAGCCCAGUCUACCGAUGCAGUCUGAAUCCAGCGGGUGUGAAGAGGAGACCCCUUCCCUCUGGUGGGGUUUGGAUCCUGUGUUUCUAGCCUUUGCAAAACUCUACAUCAGGGAUAUCCUGGACUUGAAGGAGUCCCACCAGGUGCCAGGUGUGUUUUUUUACAACGGGCAUCCAAUAAAGCAGGUCGAUAUCUUGGGAACUGUUAUUGGAGUGAGAGAAAGAAACGCUUUCUACAGUUACGGAGUGGAUGAUAGCACUGGAGUUAUAAACUGCAUCUGCUGGAAAAAGCUGAAUAACACCGAGUCUCCCUCAGCUGCUCCAAGGGCAAGAGAACUGAGUUUAACCUCACAGCUUAAAAAGCUGCAAGAGUCCAUUGAGCAGAGGACAAAGAUAGAAAUUGGGGACAUCGUCCGGGUCAGAGGUUACAUCCGCACGUUCAGAGAAGAGCGAGAAAUUCAUGCCGCUUCUUAUUGUAAAGUAGAUGACCCAGUGUGCAACACUCAAAUCGCAAGGAUGCUUGAGCUGCCCAGUAUCUACAGGAAAGUUUAUGACCAGCCUUUCCGCAGCCAAGCCCUAGAAAAAGAAGAGCUACGCAAAAAUCCAGGUGCCUUGGACCUUGCCAAUCUCACAUGUUUGCUGAGUGAAAAAGCCAAAGAAUUCCUCAUGAAGAACAGAGUGCAAACCUUUUACCAGCAGGAGUUGGAAAUGGUGGAGUCUCUGCUGUCCCUGGCCAAUCAGCCCGUGAUUCGCAGCACCUGCUCCGAGCAAGCAGAUUUCAAGAAUGACACCGCUUCCAAGGCAAUUCAUAGCAUAUUUAAGAGUGCCAUAAAGCUCCUGCAGGAGAAAGGAUUCAUUUACCAGAAGGAUGGCAGUUUUGAUAACCUCUUCUAUGUAACCAGAGAAGACAAAGAACUGCACAGAAAGAUCCACCGUAUCAUUCGGGAAGACUGCCAGAAACCCAACCACAUGGAGAAGGGCUGCCACUUCCGGCACAUCUUGGCCUGCGCCCGCCUGAGCGUCAGCCCGGGCCUGAGUGAGCCCGUGCUGCAGCAGGUGCUGGAGUUCCUGGAGGACCAGAGUGACAUCGUCAGCACAAUGGAGCAGUACUACAUAGCGUUCUGAGGACGGGCCGCAGACAGCCCUGGCAGAGCCGGGCCGGCAAGGAGGACUGAGUGGUGUUCAUUUCCAGGCCCUGGUUUUAAACACCAUGCAGAGGCUCAUAGGUUGGAAGGCAGUUAUCUUAUAAUCAACUGUGAAAUACGGUCAUUUGAGGAAUGGAAUUUGGCAUAAAUUCUGUAGGCUGCCUUCUACCUACUAUAUUCUUGGGGUAAAGUGACUUUUCUCAGCCAUGACAUGCAAGAAAACCCUCUCGUUUGACCUCCUCACUGGACUGAGCAUCCUUGGUAAAGCAGAAGGGGCGGAGACAGUGUUGGUGGCUGAAUCAGUGUGUGUGGGUGGGACUCUCGAGGUGAAGGGACAUCACAUGGUAAAGCCCGUGGACAUGGGAACUGAAGAGCAUGUGGCCAGAUCACACAGGCCUGAAACUUUUUAAAAGGUUAGACUAUCAGAAAUAUUCUUGUGUGUCUGCUUAAUGGUUAAGAACCCUACGUAGGAAGCUAGCUGUCCCUGAGUGAGUGCUGUGGAACUACGCUUUCCAAGGGUCAGGCACCCGCGGUGGGUUGUGAGUCCUGUAUUCAGUGCUUUUACAGACCCACCCAGCAAUGGCCAUAAAUGGGUCCCAGGCAUGGCUCUGGGUCCGUGGUUUUUUCUGAGUCACAAGGUGUCUCCCCACAAAGACUCAGUACGUGCCCGGACAGGCGACAGAGUCACGCCUCUGCUCUGAAUGACAAGGUCAAGGGAAAAAAAUCUGAGGCAUGCAGAGGGCUUGUUCUAACAGCAAGAUGACAAAUCCAGCCAGCAAAAAUCAAAUGUGGAGAAAGAUUCGGAGUUAAUUACAGUCCCCUGCGUUUGCUCUUGAUGUAAUGAGCUCUUAGCGGCUCUGCCGCAGAGCCUGCUGGCCUGGGGAGCUGCUCUGCUGUGUGUGGAGGUGAAGGGGUUUUACAUUCAGAGUCAGCUGCAGCUCCUCAUGUCAGGUGGAGGGCUAGUGCUGGCAGAUGGCUUUCCGUCACGGACUCUUCUGACUUGACCCAGACCUCUGCCCUAUUUCUAAUAGCCAUUACCCGGGUGGCUGCCCAGGGUCCUCCCUGUGGUAUAGAAGAGGGUUUACCUGGAGUGAUACCCCUAUGGUUCUUCCCCGAGGGCAUUGGCUAUUCCAUAUUGAAUACAUCUCAGAUUAUUGGAACUGCCAGGAAGCAGCCUUGGAUGAGGCCAUUAAAAGGGCACGCUGCUCUUGCACACAGCAGCCCCACUGCUAGAGUUGAUCCCAAGGGGAUAGCCACACGGGUGUGAAAGGGUGAAUGCACAGAACUCCCACUGCUAUAUAAUUUAGAGUUCUAUGUUGGGGAAAGGAUAGGAAAAAAUAGUGUAUGUAUAUACAAUGAAAUACUACGCAACCAUUAAACUAAUGGGAGCAGACAGACAUGAUUGCCACAGAGCACUGUUCCCAAUAGAUUUUAGUGGAAAGAAAAUAAAGUUACAGAUCUGUUUAUGUAGUAUAAUACUACUGAUCUAAACCUGCCUGUGUGUACAUAUGUGUCCAAUAUAUCUGUAUAGAGAGUUUCUAUAUGUACCUGUAUAUAAAUGUCGCACAUGGAUACAUUUA